UCCAAAACACCCCCUUUAUCUGCUAUGUUAGACCUGUUUUUAUCUUGUUUAGCGGCCACUGAUGAAUUUUAGUUGGGCGUCACAUUAAAAAAAAACUAAAAUCAGUUAAUUUCUCGUCUACGCUAAAAAUAGAAAAAAAAACAACGAUAAAACUAAACCAGAAUAUCCAAAACGUGAAUUAAAUCGAAAUAUUAAAUUGCCAGUGAAUUUAAUCGAUACGAUAAAAAUAGAAAAAAAAACAAUGAUAAAACCAAAACAGAAUAUCCAAUGCGUGAAUUGAAUAGAAAUAUUAAAUUGCCAGUGAAUUUAAUCGAACGUCAACCGCUGAUGUAACCGCAAUGUUAUAUAAUGAGUGUUUAAAAUGUUAUUGAACUUGAAUACGCUAAAACAUCAGGGUAUGACGUAGUUAGUGCAUAUCGUAUGAGACCUAUGCAUACAACAGCGACGCGCGUUGCUUCGAACACGUCUUUAGUUAUCGAAAAAAAUAUAUUAGAUAUAAAUUGAUGAUAUAUAGAACGUAGGUAGCUGUAGUCUAGACUCUAGGACGUAGCUGUAGUAAACUGUAAUAAAACAAGUGUUUCUUGUGUGUAAAACUUUUGUCUAGUGCGAUAACUUGUGAUAAAAAAAAACAUUAAAGAGAUGUUCUCUAAAUUUAUUCGUCGUAGUUUCUGUGUUGCCAGAAAAAAUGUAUGGACUCCCGAUAAUGUGGUGUAUUCUCCCUAUCGGGAUAUAGAGGUGCCCGAUACUACAAUACACGAGUAUGUGUUUAGAAAUCUGGAUAAAUGGGCAACGAAAACGGCUGUGGUAUGUGGCGUUACAAACCGCGCUUACACCUUUGAAGAACUUUACAAAUGUUCGCGUACUCUUGGUGCUAAUCUGCGAAAGAAAUUCAAAUUAAGAGACGGUGACGUCAUCGCAAUACUUCUACCGAACGUUCCAGAGUAUCCUGUGUCCGUGUUUGGCGUACUAGCUGCUGGGGGUAUAGUCACAACUAUAAACCCAAUUUACACGCCAUACGAAAUACAACGACAGCUGGACACCUCGGGCGCUAAGAUUGUGAUAACCCUGCCAGAUUUGGUUCCCAACGUCAAAAAAUCUUUAGAACUAUCAAAGAAGGAUCUGAAAAUCAUUGCUGUGAAUAUCGACAGUCAACAGCCAGAAGGGACGAUAUCAUUUAAAGAACUGACAGAGGAUAAGCACAUUGAUUUUGAAAUUCUAAAAGAGGUUAAAAGGGUGUCGGAUGAUAUCGCUUUUAUGGUUUAUUCAAGUGGCACGACCGGACUCCCUAAGGCAGUUGAAUUAACGCACACCAAUAAAGUUGCUAACUUUUCGCAACAGGACACCGAAUUGAGGCAAUAUGAAUAUACGACAGAAAAAAACCAGGAUUCGACGCUGGGCCUCCUACCGUUGUUCCACACUUACGGCCUUUCGGUUGUGAUGAUGCACAAGCUAUCGGUCGGAUUGAAACUGGUAACACUUCCGAGUUUCCAACCACGGACCUUUCUGGAUGCGCUGCUGAAACACCCGAUGGAAUUGAUGUACCUUGCUCCACCUACUAUUUUGUUCCUCGGCGCGCAUCCUGCAGCUACGAGGGAUCAUUUAAAGCAUUUGAAAGUGGUAACUUCGGGCGCCGCGCCACUACCUGAAGCAGAUAUCCACAAAUUUUUAGAGAAAGCGCGGCCCGAUAUCCAGUUCAACCAAGCAUAUGGAAUGACUGAAGCCAGUCCCCUGGUGACGUUAGCAUCGAGAGACUUCGAGGGGAACUACUCUGAUGUGGGCUGUGCUGUGCCGAAUGUGCAGCUCAGGGUCGUCGAUGCAGACAUGAAGAAUUUAGGCCCGGAUGAGGUCGGCGAGCUACUCAUCAAGGGCCCGAACGUCAUGCGAGGGUACAAAGACAAUCCAAAAGCAAACGAGGAGGUGUUUGUUGACGGACGCUGGUACCGGAGCGGAGACCUCGCCCGCAUUAACAAAGACGGCAUUGUCACCAUUGUCGACAGACUCAAGGAACUUAUUAAGGUGAAAGGUUACCAGGUCGCUCCUGCUGAGUUAGAAGCAGUCCUCAAAGAGCAUGCUGACGUGUACGACGCGGCCGUUGUAGGAGUACCAGAUCCAAUCACGGGAGAGUCUCCCAGGGCUUUCGUGGUUCUCAACAAGGAUUCUAAAGUGGACGAAAAACUCAUUCUAGAUUAUGUUAGUGAGAAAGUGGCCGCUUUUAAAAGAUUAAAAAGCGUUACGUUCGUUGACAGUAUACCAAAAAAUCCAUCAGGGAAAAUACUGAGGAAAGUCUUGAAGGAACAAUAUUGUUGACUU